AGAACGCUAGACGCGUACUUUAGUUCGCAAUGAAGAGGACUGCAGACGGAAAAGUGAAAGACAAUAACGUUGAUAUGUUUGGAAACACUAAAGAAAUGGCUGGAGUUUGGGAAGCAAAGCAUUCGGAUACUAUUCUAAUUUACACACAUAAAAAAUGCGAGCCACGUGAAAAAGUUGCUGCUUUCGAUAUGGAUGGCACUCUGAUUACGACAAAAUCCGGAAAAGUUUUCCCUGUCGAUUUAACUGACUGGAGAAUGCUCUACAAUCAAGUAGUACCACGUAUGAAGAAGUUAUAUGGGGAAGAGGAAUAUAAGAUUGUUAUCUUCACAAACCAGAAAGGUCUACAGACGGGAAAAGUCAACAAAAAGGAGUUCAAACGGAAGAUGGAGGCGAUUAUAGCUAAGCUUGGUGUACCAUGCCAGGCUUUUGUCUCAAUUGGUGAUGGAGAGUACCGUAAACCAUGCACGGGUAUGUGGAAGGAACUUGUGGAGGCUAAUGGUGAGGUGGACGUGGACGUUAGCAAGUCGCUAUAUGUUGGAGAUGCAGCAGGAAGACAUAAAACUAAGACGCGUCCAAAGAAAGAUCAUUCAUGUGCCGAUCGCUUUUUUGCGUUGAACGUAGGCGUCAAGUUCUUCACUCCUGAGGAGUUUUUCCUCAAUCAAAAAACAUCCGAGCCAUGGGGUCCUCCAGCGUUUGAUCCUGUUGCUUAUUUGGAUGCGAAGAAACCUUUGUUAGAGCCUGAAGAUGCUCCUCUACCCUCCUCUGAAAAAGAGGUCAUAGUAAUUGUUGGCUUUCCUGGAUCCGGAAAAUCAACGUUUGCCCGUAUGCUCGAGAAGGAACAUGGCUACAUGAUAGUCAAUCGCGAUACAUUAGGCACCUGGCAGAAGUGCUGUGAACGGGCUCGAGUCUAUCUGAGAGAUGGAAAGAGCGUAGUCGUUGAUAACACGAAUCCAGACAAGGAAUCCAGGAGUCGCUAUACUGCGUUGGCUAAAGAAAUGAAGGUUCCAUGUCGUUGCUUCGAACUCACUUGCGAUCUCAAUCAUGCCAAUCACAAUGUCAAAUUCCGAUUAUUGACAGAAGAUGACCACAAUGAGGUUACGAUCAUGGUGUUACGAACGUAUGCCAAGAGAUAUCAAGAUCCCGAACUUUCCGAAGGAUUUGACUCCAUAGUUCACGUCAACUUUGUGCCACGAUUUGCAAAUGAGGAACUUGAAAAAGUGUACAAGCAAUAUUUGUUAGAAUCAUAAUUUCACUUUUUUUUUGAAAAUUUUACCAUGACGCCUGAAUGCCUCUUUUACCCCUGUACUCUGAUUUGAAUGUAUGGAUGUGUCAUUGUUAUCUCAGUGUCAUUCAUGAUCUUGCUACUCAUUUUCUGUC